UUUACACACAUGUUGCUUUUCUCUUUUUAUCAUGGGUGCAGUGAGUGCAGUGCAGAAAAUAACAACCAAAUCUAAUAUAGAUCAAUUUAUUAUGCAUUUUUCAAUCCUUUGCAUCAGAUACGAAAUCUAAAAACAAUUUAGAAAUUCUUAUGGCUGUAACAGGAAACGUGAUUGGUUUUCUGCUGGUGCUGGUAAAUUAUCUGGGAAUACUUUGUUCGUCAUAUUUCUUCAUGCUGUCCAUCCUCAGUUUUCUCAUGGGACUCAAAGGGAUGCAAAUAAAUGGCAGGACGACCAAUGUGGAAAAUACGGAAACAAAAAUCACCAACCGGUUAAACACGGAUUGGAUCAAUUUCCUCAUUUCCUUCACGUCAGCAAGCAUGACUACAUUCCUUCUGGUUUUGUGGAUCUAUCUCAACCGCAAGUUGAGGGGAUUUAAGUUCGAGGAGUAGCACAAUCAUCACCGCCACUUCCGCCAGAGUCAUUUCCCCUUUGCAAAAACCCUUCCAAUUUUAGGCCUCCUUUCCUCAUCCUUAUUUGUAACCCUGUUAACCCUUCAGUUUGCUUAUGAUGCCUGGUUCGUACCGUUUUUCACCGGGAAACCAAAUUAUAUUGCGGGCGUCACGGCUUUAUCUUUUUCUACUUUGUAUUUGAUAUCUUAUUUUAUUGUUCUGAUAAGUUUUUGGUUAUCAAUGAAGUGCUGCAAGGGUCCGGUUUUUGAGCACGAUUACGCCGGAUAUGGUGCCGCGUAUGGGUUGGAUGAAAGGAGCGAGAAGCUU